GGAAAGUCGGCGCGGCUGCGGCAUCCGGUUCUGGAGACCCGCUGUUGGCCGGUAUCGUUUCGUGUCUUUGUGGGGCAGGUGGUCGGGCUCAGACCUGCCGGAGAAGCAUUGUCUUACAAAAUGGUAGAGGACGAGCUGGCACUAUUCGAUAAAAGCAUAAAUGAAUUUUGGAAUAAAUUCAAAAGCACUGUCAGUGACACCUCCUGUCAGAUGGUGGGCCUAAGAGAUACCUACAAGGAUUCCAUUAAAGCAUUUGCAGAAAAGCUGUCUGUGAAAUUAAAGGAGGAAGAACGAAUGGUUGAGAUGUUUCUGGAAUAUCAAAAUCAGAUCUGCAGGCAGAAUAAGCUCAUUCAAGAAAAGAAAGAGAAUUUGUUGAAGUUGAUUGCUGAAGUAACAGACAAAAAGCAGGAAUUGGACGUACUGACCGCAAAUAUCCAGGAUCUUAAGGAAGAAUAUGCUAGGAAGAGGGAAACUAUUUCCACUGCUAACAAAGCUAAUGAAGAGAGGUUGAAAAGGCUACAGAAGUCUGCAGACCUGUACACAGAUCGACUUGGACUAGAAAUUCGAAAAAUUUAUGGUGAUAAGUUGCAGUUUAUAUUCACUAAUAUUGACCCUAAGCAUCCUGAGAGCCCCUUUAUGUUUUCCCUGAGCCUAAAUGAAGCGAGGGACUAUGAAGUGUCAGAUAGUGCUCCUCAUCUUGAGUGCCUAGCAGAAUUUCAAGAAAAUGUAAGGAAGUCCAACAAUUUUUCGGCUUUUCUUGCCAAUGUUCGGAAAGCUUUUACUGCUAUUGUUUAUAAUUAAUGUAUAAAUAGUAUAUAAAAACCGUUGUCCCUAUUGUGUUUCUCUUUU